AUGAGUGCUAAAAAGCUGAGAUCAGCAAAGCUUCAAGUUUUCAUAACGAAAAUUUUAAGCCUAUCAUUCAAACACAAUGUCCCUUUAUUUCUUGUGGAUGAGAAAGUUUAUUUCCACUCACAAAAUCAUACUGCUAUUCGGACCGGAGAUUGCAAAUAUUUAUGUAUGGGUGAGAAAGUAAUUCAUUUUGCAACAAUUGGUCCAGUGUCAACUCAAAUCCAAAAAAAUGCUUUCAUUGAAGCAGUUGAGUCAGAAGGAUGUAAAGUUCGAAUUUUUAUUGGCUCUGAUCCUGUCCUAUUGCAACAUGGCUUAAACUCUCCUAUUCCACUACACUUUGUUAUCUCAAAUUCAAGAUAUGUUAUUCAAGUUAUGAUUCUGUAUGAAAGACCUGGAAAAUUUUGGUGGGUUGGUGGAUACCAUUUACAUGAUAAUGAAUUGCAUGAAUUAUUUGAAAUGGGACUGAAGAAAGAAGAUGUGUAUAAAGUCACACAAGCUGCUUCAUUUGAAAAAGUGGAAAUUCAUUUGGCUACAGUAGACCAGAUCAAGAUGUACGCUCCUCGACAAUAUGAAGUUUUUCUGAACUAUACUGUGAACAAUAGAUUUAUCGAGUGUAACUAUUCUCAGGCUAAAACAUUUUAUGACAGAUAUGGCAGAGAUGAAAGUGAUGAGGCUGAAAUAUUUAGAACAAGAGCUUGGAAAUUGCUUGCUAAAGCAAAAGCUCUACUUGACCACCUGAAAGUUCCCUUUUGGUUGAGUAGUGGCACAUGUUUAGGUUUUUUUAGAGAAUGUGGAGUAAUAUCGUACAGUAAAGAUGUUGAUAUAGGAAUCUGGAUUAAAGAUUAUAAGCCUGAAAUAAUUUCUAUUUUCUCAACUCAUGAUAUUCCACUCACUCAUUCAUUUGGUAAAGUUGAAGAUAGUUUUGAAUUAUCAUUUAGAGAAAAGGACAUUAAACUAGAUAUAUUUUUCUUCUAUGAAGAAGCACAGUACGUUUGGAAUGGAGGGACCCAAGCUAGAACAGGCAAAAAGUUUAAGUACAUAUUCCCAAAAUUCGAAUUGUGCUGGACAGAAUUUUUAGAACUAAAAGUCAGAAUACCAUGUGAUACAGAAACUUACAUUAAAGCAAAUUAUGGUCCAAACUGGUUUGAACCAGUUAAAACCUGGGAUUGGAAAUCUAGUCCUCCAAAUGUCAUUGAAAAUGGUCAGUGGCCAAUUGAAGAGUGGCCAGAGGUGAUUCAACUUCUGCCUUUGCCUGAACAAACUUGA